UUGGCUCCUAUACACAAACAUAGAAAUUUAUAAAGAAGAAUGGGUGACACAAUCACACUCUGUAAAUUGAAGAAACAGGUUCCUUCAUCUUCUCCUUCCAUUUUGUCUUUCUCUAUUUUCCUUUCUUUAAUAUUGAAGCUUGCAAUGCGUGCCAAGUCCAAGUCUAUUAAUUAAACCCUCAAUUCCAAGUCACUUUCACAACAUAUAACCCGUUUCGUUUUUUCUUAAAUGCUCCUUCCAUUUCAUUUUCUCUCUGACUCACUUAACAUAACCGUUUGAGAGAGAGAGAUGAGUCAACUCGGUUUAUUAUUGCAAGAACCGGUUCAGUCUCAAACUGAGUCAACAACGAUUCUCGGUUUGUUAAGAGAACAAAUGGACGGUGUUGAUGGAGUUCCUCGUCGGAGACGAAGUUUCAAGGAACGGUUAGGAUUUAUUGGAUGCUGUGGGGCCAAUUGGGGAUUCCGUUCUUCUUCUUCAUCUGACUCACAACAGAAUCAGCAACGGAUUCUUGAUACGGAUCCGAGUGAAGAUCCGAAUAUGUGUGUGGCUCCGGUGAUUCAAACAGGUUCCAGUUCUUCGAGUAUGAAUCUUGCAGCGGCGUUGGCGGCAGAGAGGCAACUCCGAGGACCGGCGGCGGAAACGAGUGGCGGAGGAGGGAGGAUGCCUGGGACGCCGUGGAGAGUGUCCUUGAUGCGGUUGUUGGAGGAAACGGAAAACGGUGAUACGGUGGUGGUUAAGGCGGAGGAGAAAGUUGGCACUAUGGCGGGGAAUGAUUCAGUGUGUUGUGUGUGCAUGGGGAGGAAUAAAGGUGCGGCGUUUAUUCCAUGUGGACAUACUUUUUGCAGGGUUUGUUCUAGGGAGCUGUGGUUGAAUAGAGGCUCUUGUCCCCUUUGUAAUCGUUCUAUUAUUGAGAUUCUUGACAUUUUUUAGAAAAUUAUACGGCCACAUGCAUGUUUGGUAUCAGAGUAGAUUUAUUUGUUGGAAUCACACUGAUCAAUCUAUCGUGAUAUCAAACAUGCAGGAUGAGCUUGAUUGAAUGAAUAUUUUUCAUGCCUAAUUUGAUUAUUAUGAAUGUCAUUUCAUGCAUGUGCAAUUUGUUAAUGCUCCAAAUGUGUAUUACAAGUAUCUUUUUUUACGUAAUGUUAUGCUAUGAAUAUGAUCAUCAUCCAUUGGAUAAAAAAGUCGGCUGAAGUAUUGAGUUUUGAUUUA